CCGCAAGGCUUGGCCAAUGCCAACAGCUCAGUUGGUGGGCGAAUCGAUGCCGGGCGAAGCCGGAGAAACCAAACUUGCAGAGAAAGCUAUCACAACAUGUCACAACUUGGAACUCGCUUUUCCUGCCAAGGAGAUGAGCACGAGCAUGUGUAGAGUCUUGGACAAAUCAUAGUUGCUACUUGAAGCGAGUGAUCAUGGCCUUGAAAUCUAGAACUGGGUCCGGGUCCUCAAAAAAAAGUGGGAACCCAUGGCAUCCACUGGAGCGUCUCGGCUCAACGCCGUGUGUGAUCUUUUUGUCCCCACCUACCGGGGGCCAUUUUUCGGCGCAGCUUGUUCUGCGGGCGCCAUGUCGCUGGUGGGCGAGAGCAAGAGCCUCUUCCGGACCAUCAUGAGGCUUCACCGGGUCAAGCUGGACCCGGCGAUGCGCAGCCUCGGCGACACCUACGCGCGGAAGGAGUUCCGGCUCCACGCCAAGCCGCAGGUGCAGGAGGCACAUAAACAGAUGUUCCUCAAGGAAUGGAGAGCUUAUGUGGCCUUGUGCUUCCUGCAGAAGGCUGUGAACAUCCCUCAAAAGCUGCUAAUCGUUGGGGCUGCCAUUGCGUGGGCACCAGAUUGUUUAACGCUUGAAGACUGCGUUUCGAAGUGAGUCGCGAUGGUGCUCACAGUCAACACCCAUGACACUCCGUCCAAAACCGGAAUUGGUUUCCAUCUCUGUCCCACUCGACUCGAGGACAUGGUGAGCUCCCAAGCCACAGUGACAGGCCAGGAGCUUUCAGAGGAACAGAAGUCCAAGCUCAACGACCAGCAGAAGGUGCAGCUGGACAGCUUGGAGAAAUCCGCCAAGGCCUUGGGCCAGCAGUGAGCAGCUCCCGACACUCGCUUCGCCCCUUGCCGCCCCUUGCCGCCGGGUGAGCCAGUGGGCCGGACAGCCGAACAGCCGGUGAUGGUGCUGUGCACAGUGCCGCCAGUGGAGUCAGAGAGUUUCACCCAAAUAGCUCACCGAGCCGAGCGAGCUCAAACACCCCAGUGGUUGCGCU